GGCUCUUGUAGUGACGGAUCAACCCCGCUCUGUAACAUUUUCUUUUUCUUUUUCAUUUGUUUUGUGGAAAAAGAAAAAGGAAUACAAGUAGCCGGCCAGCUAACGCUAACUGUUUUUUAUUCAGCGAUACAACCUCGAGACAAGUCGGGACAAGACCAGUCUCAAGGCUCACCAUACUCAAUGAGCGGACAGCGCAAUGUCAGAGCGCUCUGGGCAAACGGCAAAGGGGAAGGAUGGCAAAACCAAGUAUGCAUCUCUCAACCUGUUUGAAACCUACAAAGGAAAGAGCCUUGAAACACAGAAGCCAGUUGUUGCCCCUCGUCAUGGCUUGCAGUCUCUUGGUAAAGUGUCAACUGCGCGGCGCAUGCCCCCCCCUGCCAACCUGCCCAGUCUGAAGGCGGAGAACAAAGGCAACGACCCCAACGUCACGCUCGUUCCCAAAGACGGCACAGGAUGGGCAAGCAAGCAGGAACAAGCAGACCCAAAGAGUACCGAUGCAUUGUCAGCACCGCAGCCGGAGUUGCAGCAGCCUGUGGCUUCACAGACGCCUGCACCGACCCAGUCGAGAACCCCGCCAGCUCAACCGGUAGUGCAAGAGGCCCCAGUUACAGCUUCGGCCGCAGGGGCAAGGUCUUGGGCUCAGGCCAGUGUUACACUUGGAGCGCAAGGGGAUGGUGGAAAGGGAUCAAACCAACUGUCGCCAUUCUCUCGCGAGGAAUUUCCCACCCUGCAAGCGGCUGGCGACCAGGACAGAGUUGGCAGAGAACAGGCCACUGCCGAUCAGUGGUAUGGGCCCGGACCAAGCCUCCGCCCCCAGAACGUGACGAGUUGGCGGGACGGUGGGGGCCGAGCACUGGCGCCCACCCCGGCUGGGGAGGGGGUGGGGGUGGCGGAGGCUGGUGCUGGGGCCCUGGUGAUGGAGGGGGCCACGGGGGCACCUCCCCUCCAGCAGCCCAACCCCUCGUCCCACGGGCCGCCUAGGAACCCCCCGGCCGGCAGCCCCGCCCUGCCCCUGCCCCAGCCUCCUGUCGGAGCCCAGUUCCCUGCCUACCGUGGAAUCAUGCCUCCCUUCAUGUACCCACCGUACCUGCCCUUCCCUCCACCGUACGGCCCCCAGGGGCCCUACAGGUACCCACCGCCCAACGAGGCGCCCAGAUUCGCACGUGGUCAGGGUGGGCCAGGCCCUGAUGGAAGGCCCCCUGGAGGGCCCCGGGGCGGUGGGGAUGUGGUGAAGCGCCCCUCCAUCCUCAAGCAGGACGACCUGAAGGAGCUGGACGAGUUGGACCACGAUGGAGACGAGGGCUGGGCAGGGGCCCACGAGGAGAUCGACUACUCCGCCAAGCUGAAGUUCAGCGAUGACGAAGGAGAGGAGGACGGUGAAGAGGAGAGGAGUGAGAGCAGGAAUGGCACUCGAGAGCCGCAGCAGCGUGCUCAGGACGGCCCUGCCCCGACCUCACGCUCCCGAGCGUCCGACAGCGGAGGGGACCCCCGCCGCACCCCCCCAGCCUCCGCCGCAGACAGCCCCACACCCCCCUCCAGCAAGCCAGGCUGGGCCGAGGAGGGAGGUGGCAGCUGGGCCGGACAAGGCAACGCCGGACCCUACCAGGGCCGUAGGUCUGGACUGGGUGGCCCUCGGGAGCAGCCCUCCCCCCCACCAGGGCCUCUCCUCGGACAGGGGCCUUACUCCUACUACCGACAGGACCGCUCGUCCAAUCAGACAGGCUCUCCUGGUCCUGCCCCUCUGGUUGGCCAGAAGCCCCCAGGUGGCCAUCAGGGCAGUGGCAGUAGCGGCGGCGGCCCCACUCCUCCCCCCUCUGGCGGCCUCCUGCCGGUGCCGGGGGCGGGCGAAGACGAGGACGAGACGUGGCGCCAGCGGCGGAAGCAGUCCUCCACGGAGAUCUCGGCCGCCGUGGAGCGCGCGCGCCGCCGCCGCGAGGAAGAGGAGCGGCGCAUGGAGGAAGAGCGCCGGGCGGCCUGCGCCGAGAAGCUCAAGCGCCUCGACCAGAAGCAGCAGCAGCAGCAGCAGCAGACCGUCAAGCCAGACGGCUCGGUUGCGGCGGCCCCCGCUGCCCCUGCCAGCAGCCCCAGCCCCUCGCUCUCGGCCUCCUCGCCCAACGUCAGCCAGCCCCCCUCACCCUGCGUGGACCCCGAGGAGCCCCCGCUGUCCUCUGUACAGGCCGGCUCCACUGCCGGCAGUAACCGACAGAGGGCUGGCAGCAGCAGCAGCUACGACUCCAACACAGAGAGCCAGCCUGGUCCUCCACCACCAGUGUCCCAGCAGCAGCAGCCGCAGCAGCAGCAGCAGCAACAACAACCACCACAGCUGCCUCCACAGAAGCUUCUGGAGAUCACAGGGCCUGGUGACAACAAAGAGGACUCCCAGGGUGUGCCUCAUGCCCGCAGUGGAAGAGGUGGAGGAGAGGAUUCUGGGAAAGUGGAGAGCAUGGGGAGUGGCGCGGGUCGGCAGCCCAGCGGUCCUCCUGGUCAGGGCUACUCUAAAUACCAGAAGUCACUGCCACCUCGCUUCCAGAGGCAGCAGCAGGAGCAGCUCAUGAAACAGCAGCAGCAGUGGCAGCAGCAGCAGCAGCAGCACAGCCAGGCUGCCCAGGGCCAGCUGCAGCCCCAGCAACAGGCUCCUCCGCAGGGCCCCGGGGCCCAGGGGAACGCGCCGCAGGGCGGCCCCAAGCAGGGUGGACCGCCGCUGUACCAGCCCGGCUCCAUGGGUCGACCGCACGCGCCGCCCCUGCCCAUGAACUUUGACCCCCGCUGGAUGAUGAUGCCCUACAUGGACCCCAGGAUGAUGCAGGGUCGCCCUCCACCCAUGGACUACUACCCACCCAACAUGCACCCUUCUGGGCUCAUGGGACGAGAGCGUUCUGACUCCGGAGGUUCUGGGUCGGACCCGUUUGACCGGCAGCAGCAACAGCAGCAGCAGCAGCAGCAGCAGCAUGGUGGACCCCCUCAUCCUCACCGCGGGACACCCCCCAUGGAUCCGAAGCUGGCCUGGGGGCCCGAGGUGUUCCCCAGCGGAGGAGGAGGAGGAGGAGAAGGCCGAGGACUGAGCUCCCCGCUGAGGCAGAAGCAGGCCCUGGAUGAGGAGGACAGCAUGGGCAAGGGGCCAAGGAGCGACACUCCUCCCGUCCGUGGCAGGGAUGGCGCAUCUGGGCCCAUACAGCAACCCGGCGUCUCUCCCAACUCUCCCUCUGGCUCGUCCAAUCAGACGCCUCCGCCCGUGGGCUCCCAGGUGGGCGGCCCCCACCAUCAGCCCUUCAUGGGCGGCAGGGGAAACUACAGCGGCUUCCCCGACGGUGGAUCCCGAAUGGCUGCGCACCAACAGCAGCAGCAGCAGAGGGGUAACAGUGGAGGCUCCCUGCACGGCUUCAGUCAUCAGGAUGAGGGCCCACCUCGUGGGGGUCAGCAGCAGGGUCAGAUCUGGGGGGCUCCGCACCCCCACUACGACCGCAACGGCCGCGCAGACCUCUCCCCUCUGGAACAGAACAGCGGCCACCUCCAGCAGCAGCAGCAGCAGCAGCAGCAGCAUCAUCACCACCCCGGGCACCACCCUCACUUCUCCCUGUACCCCCACAAGCAGGAGAACGGGCGCGGCGAGCGCGGAGGGGACUCCAAGAAGAGCAACCCCUCGCCCCCGCUCCACCAGCCGUCCCUCUCCUCCUCCUGCUCCUCCUCGUCCUCGUCCUCCUCAGCCAGGGAGGACGGCAGUGGGAAGCAGCAGCAGCAGCAGCAGCCCCAACAGCAACCCCAACAUCAGCAUCAGCAACCGCAGGCCACACAACCAGAGCAUGACUCCACGGUUGGGCAUGGUGGCGGUGGUGGCGGUGGUGGAGGUGGUGGUGGCCGGAAAGGGGAUAAGAUGCCCAAUGCCCACUUCUCUCAGUCCCAGCAUGCUCAGCAACAGCAGCAGCACCCCAAAGGCGGCCAGCGUGAGCGCCGCGACCACAAGACGGAGACGCAGUGGGGCCCGCGGCCAGGAAGCAGUGCGCCGGGCGGAGGAGGUUCCCAGCACGGAAGAAAGGGAAACGCUGGACCCGGCGCCAACACGGGAGGGGAGGACUCUGCCGACGGCAAGUCAUCUGCGCAGGCAGGGGGCGCCAACUUCAACAAGAGGGCAGGCCCGAUCAAGAGGCCAGUGCUGAAGGAGAUGAAGAGGGAGGGCGGAGAAGGGGAAGGCGGGGAGAAGACCGCCGGAGGACCAGGGAAAGACAAGGAGCAAGAUGGCGGCCCGUCAGCAAACAAGCAGGAUCCAGCCAGCAACUCCCAGACGUCAUCCGGCAACUCCGGCAAGGACGAAUCUGGCCCAGGCGGCAAGCCCAGGAACGGCGGCGGUAAAGAGCGCGCUCCCGGAGGCAAGGGCCCCAAAGACGGCGACGGCUCGGCCCCCGGCCAGGGAGGCUCUGCUCCGCCCUCCAGAAGGGACCGCGAGCGCUCGCACGAGGGAGUCGGCGGUGGCGGCGCGUUCCACCCCUCAGCCUCCAGGGGCAGUCGGGCGCCCCGUGCCCGCGGCGAGUUCUACGGACGCGGACGCGGCUACCGGGGCUCCUACGCGGGCGGCGGAGGUGGUGGCAGCAGCAGGGGCCGAGCGGGCGGCAGAAGCAGCCGAGACUUCCGGGCGUCGGGCAACAGCGGCUACCACCAGGAGUACAACAAAAACGACGGGCCGUCUGGCGGAGGCGGCGGAGGCGGCGGCGGCGGCGGCGGCAGACACGGGCAGCUGAGCUCUCAGCACAACCCGGCGCGCGCCCGCAACCGCAGCGAGACGCGCAGCGAGGGCUCCGAGUACGAGGAGAUCCCCAAGCGCAGGAGGCAGCGCGGCUCCGAGACGGGCAGCGAGAGCGGCGCCAGCGAGCACUCGGAGAAGGAGGAGCAGCAGCAGCCGACGACGCAGCAGCAGCAGCAGCAGCAGCGCAAGCCCAGCGCCAAGAACGGCACCGCCCCCGAGAACGCCCCCUCCGGCGGCGGGCAGUCAGGCCCACCCAGGAGCUCGCAGGCCCGGGUGUUCACCCCGCGAGGAGUGCCCUCCCGUCGGGGCCGUGGGGGAGGAGGCGCCGUAGGAGGGAUGUACCGCAGCGGUGGUGGAGGGGGAGGCAUGGCCGGAGGUCACCGUUCGGCCGCUGGGUCGGCAUCCGCUCACAGCUGGACAGCCAAGUCCUCGGCGACCGUCCGCAAGCAGCAGGCUCCUGCCAACCCCUCGCCCCCUAAAGACUCAGGUCGCACCGGCGGGGGAGACAAGAAGGAGAAAGCCGGCGGCGGUGGUGGAGGUGAGAACCAGUCUCAGAGUCAGGCCGCCAACCCGGUUCAGUCAGGACCGGCUGCCACCGCGGUGCCCCCUACGCAGACCUCCACCGAGAACGGAGGCGUCGCGGGUCAACCUCCGUCGGCCAACCCCGCCGCCAACUCCACGGGGACCCCGCCCCAGUCGCUCCAGGGUCAGGACGGCCGCGGAACGUUCCCGCCGCGGAACUUUGAGCGGCCGCCUCGACGCCGUCGCCACGGUCGCUCGCAGCAUCAGCAGGACAAGCCGCCCCGUUUCCGCCGGCUCAAGCAGGAGCGGGAGAAUGCCGCGCGCAUCAACGGAAGCACCGGGCAACACCGCUCCUCCUCGCCCGCCGAGACAGACGGCCCCGGCAACCCCAACGCCGCCGUUCCCAACGCUAACCACAACAACUCCACGACCACCAACGCCACCACCAACAACAGCGGCAGCGGCCAUGUUGGAGGGGGUGGUGGUGGUGGCGGCAGCAGCCUGAACUUAAACAGCCACCACCACCAUCACUACAACCAGAGCAACGCGUCUCAGAACCACCCUCAGCACCGACACAACCACAACCCGGCCGGGGGCGCCAAGUCCCCCGACGUCUCCAACCAGAACUCCGACCACGCCAACGAGGAGUGGGAGACCGCCUCGGAGAGCAGUGACUUCACCGAAUUCCGCGAGCGAGAGGCAGGAGGAGGAGGUGGCGGCGGAGGCGGCAAGUCAUACCCCUCCCACCACCACCACCACCACCACCAGCACCACCCUCCAGGGCGCGGUGGAGGAGGUGGUGGUGGCGAGCGAGACCUGUCCUCCAAAGAGGCAGCCGCAAACAAGAGGAGCUUCUCCAGCCAGCGGCCCGGCAUGGAUCGGCAGAACCGGCGGGUUGGAGCUGGCGGCGGCGGUGGAGGAGGUCGAGGCCCCCGUGGGCCACCCGGCGGUGGUGGGGGAGGAGGGGGAGGAAUGGGAGGGGCGGGCAACGGAGGAGCCAGCCGUGGCGAGAGGCGCGGCAACUGGCCCUCCCCUAAAAACAGGAAGUAAAUUUUUUGUUUUGUUUUUGUUAUUUUUGUUUUGUUUUGGAGAAUUUUUGGAAACAUUUCAAAUGCAUCCUGUGUCUCUUCCCCUUUCCUAUCCACAUAUCUUUCAGCCCCCUUUCGUCUCCAUCAACUCACUGUUGUUUUUCUGUCCUCAACCCUAACAUGCUAGCACAUUAUUGUACAAUACAUAGUGACGGAGACCGUGUACUCAUUCAUUCUUAAACCCUACCUGCCCCUUCUCUGUGUUGCUUUCUUUCACUGCUGUCUCCUCCCAACCCUUUUGUAGAUCCAUGCUCUGCUCUCCCCCUUUCCCGCGCCCCCUACACCAAUCACCCCACCCCCACCACACCCCAACCUACCCCCUCUCUGGCCUGGCUCUUGAUUAGAUUUUACAGACACUUCAUUUUAAAACUCGAGCAUCUGUUGACUGAAGCUCCAAACGUUCAAACGAGAUCCACAACAGUCGCACGUUUGCAUUUAACAAGCACAAGAUUGCAUUGAACCCAGUCCAGUGAGAGUGCCGGGCCCGCGUCGGAGGGAGGCGGCUGGACAAGGCUCAGCUCAGAUACCCGAAGAUGGGGUCGAAGGCCACGAUGAACUUUUGUAUUGUUACCACAGGGUGGACCGAGGUAAUCAAACUGGCAGGGGAGUGGGUGGGGGGGUGCAGACCUGCCGAAUUUUUCUCUACAAGAGUGGUUGGGAAAUGGAGGUUACCGUUUUAUCGCGAACAAUUGUACCAUAGGCCUGUUCUGUUUGUCUCCCCUUAUGUUGUGGGGUAUUCUUUAUUAUUUUUUUCUUCCUACCCUCCUGUGUUCAUGUUCUUUUUCUUUCCACCCUUAGAAGAGUUAGGGCUGUGUACUUAUUUCUCUUCUUUUCUGCAAGGCAGAUCAUUUAUUAAAAAAUACCUUUUUAUACAAACCCAGCCCUUUCUCCCCUUUAUUUUUGUUUUUGUUUUGGGUCUUCAACAAGUACAUCAUUACUUACUGUGACUACCAACCCCACAAAGAACUACUGCUCACUUCCCCACUCACACUGAUUCUGUCUCUAACGUCAACGUCCUCGCUGCUCAGUCCUACAAAUAUGCGGUGUGAUUUUCUCUUUUUAAGGUUUGGGGGAGACUCCUCUGGUGUUUAUGUUUUGACUGAUGAAGGCUGUUUUUUUUUUGUUUUGUUUUGUUUUUUUGUUUGUUUGUUUGUUUUUUCCUUUUUUUGCCAGCCUCAGCGUAGCACUCUAGUAUUUUCUUGACACAAACAUUUGACUACACUUUCAUUCAACGAGGAAAUGUCUUGUCCUCGAGCGAUGGCAUGCAAAAAAGGUGACUGAAUUGAUGGCUUAUAAGGCUUUAAGAGUUUUUUUUUUUCCUCUCUUAAGACUCAUUUUCCGAGGCAGUUUCCCCCCCGUUUUCUUUCAGUCUCUUAAUCUCGAUCUCUUUUUUUCUUAAAUUGUUUGUGGUCUUCGGAGAAUGGGUCUCAAGUAUUCCUGUCAAUAUUGUUAUGAUUAGAUACAUGCAGAUUUUAUUUGUUAUCCAUAACAGCUUAAUAGUAAGCACUCCUAGAAUAAAGCAAACUGUUAUGGUGUUUCUUUGGGGGGCGGGGGUUCCUCCCUGCCCCUCUAACCCCCCCUCCUCGCUCCCCCUUAAUGCAUGCCCUCACGAUGUUGGAUAGUGCAGCAGGUGUCAUAACCCCUCUCUGCAGGGGCCAGAGAACUGCAGGCCACUGUUGCUGUUGAGUGUUUUUGGCUCGGCCGUUGUGUACAUAUAAUACGGAAGGAAGAGGAGGAGGUGGCUCUCUGCUUGGGUGACGUGGCUCCUGCCAUAAGUGUCUACAGGGUGAACAAAACGGCUAUGUUUAAAGAAAACAAACAAACAAAAAAAACUUUCCACCAAGUGUUUCAUAUUCCAUAGUCUUCAACUUCAUGGGCCUGCUGUGGAAGUUCAGCAGAUGUGAAAGUUCUCUCUCUAUAUUAUAUAUCCUCAAAACUGACCCUUUUUCUGUUCUUUUCCUUUAUUGAUGAAAUUUGCCUACUUUCCUGUGAGUGUUACGGAGCUGUUCAAGGGACGUUGAUGAAACCCAAAUGUUGACAAAAAAAAAAAAAAAAAAAAAAAAACACUGACAUACUUCUACACGGUAACUCCGCCUUAGGGCUCAGCCCAGAGGAUUUCCAAAAUCCAAAAGGGCAUCAUAAAGAAUUGAGAAUCCUUUUUUUUUUUUUUUUUUUUUGCUUUGUUCCUCAAAAUUGUAUCAAUAUCUCACUGCUGUAAGUUGGGGUUUGUCUGUGUACUGGAGCUUCUGUGACGUCGAGUAGGGUUUACGAAUGAGUGUGCGCAUGGGCAGUUUUCUCAACUCGUGUGACGUUUCCCCCUCGUCAAUGCAGAGGUCGUAUGCACACGUUUAAAUAUGUUCUUUUGUUUCUGCCAUAUUAGGAUACAAUUGUACCACUCACCUUUGCAUACAUUCACGUAUAUACAUUGAAGUGUGUGUAUAUGUUUAUCCAGAUGAAGUACUUGCCGUGGGGUAACUUAGCCAGUCGUUGGUCAUCAAGGAUUCCCCCCUCAUUUUAUACAUUACGGAUAGAAUACAAAAUGGGGUGGGUAUCUAUUUUCCUUUUUAACACUGUUUUACCAUGCAUGAACACAUCUAUGGAUGCAGCAGCUUAAGGAGCCUGUCAUACAUUGGUAGCCAUAUUACUCGGGGUGGGGUGGGGGGGCUCUUAACUGAUUCCUUCAUCCCUCGUUAACUUUUAUCUAUUGACGUGGUCAUAUUGUAUGUACCCAUGUUUAAAUAAAAAAGUAAAAUAAAAUAAAAAUGUAUUCCUUGAAAUACUCCAAGAUUGUACUAUAUUUCCAGCAUUACCAAGGUACCCUGGAGUGGUUGAAGCUGUUAGGCUAUAACUGGUUUAUUAUUGGAACCGUAAUAUACACACAUGUAUGUAUAUUGGUAUGUAUCUAAGUUUGUCUACCCCAACUUACAUUCCCACAAACAAAUGUUGCCAUUUUAAGUUCAAGGGAGCAAUGUACAAGCAGAGAAGUGUCUUAUUAUAAUAAAAGUAUACAAAGAAAAAAGUUAAUAAAUUUUUGUUUUACUGGAAGAA